AUGGUCCCAGUGCUAAGUUUGAAUGCAAAUACAGAGGAACAAGUAAACCAGACCAGCGAGAACUUGAAGUACCUUCCCUUCAUAACGCUGAUGGAGAAAGAUAUGGACACGAGCGAGUAUUGGAGAGAAACAGAAAUAAUAUCCCUUGUACGCAAUAAUGAGGCGGAUAUAGAUUAUGACAAGUGCGAGCGCAGUAAUCAGGACUUUUCAGUCGUGCAAUUUGUUUCUCAAAGAACUGUAAGGCCGAUUUGCAGGAGUAGAAUCGAUUACCAAGUGUGUCCUCAGUGCCCACACUUCAACAAUCACACCGAAUGCGAGCUGUUUCGGGAUUCAUGCAAAGAGAGAAGAGUAGUUCCGUCAGAAUACCGCACGUAUUGCGAUCGCAAGUACGGCAAGUGGCGGGCGAUGUUUGUGCCGGCAGACUACGCGCAAUGUCGGUGUUGUGAUGAGUGUAUACCGUAUAGAGAAUUAGAUCAGUCGUGUAUAGAAGAUGAGUACAGUUUUGAAAGUGAAGAAUUCCUGCCUGUUACCACUAUCGAUUUUAGAGCUGGUUGCAAUCCGUACUGGGGCCACCCUGAACAGGAGUUCAAAGCACUCAGAUGUGAUAAAACACUGCGAAGAUGUGUUCCUGUGACACUGCCGCAAAUACCAAAGGAAACUUUAAACUUCCGUCGUAGCUUUCGCUACGAGCCUGCUACGAGAGACGAUUGUCCAAUAUCCUGUCGUGGUUAUGAAUGCACUAUGGGACAAGUCUCCGAAGACGCCUGUCCUCUUGGGGGGUUCCUGCCAGACAGAGAGCAAUGUAACUGCUGUGGUAAAUGCAGCGUUUACCAUCAGUUGGGUGAGAAAUGUGCCGAGUUCAAGAAAACUUUUGAAAAAGUUAACGGGACUGUAGAAAUCGAGGUGGAAGAAGAGUUUAUAGAACCGGGCUGCGAUGACGGGUUGGUGUGCAGGCAGGGUCACUGUCAGGAUAUCCACGUCGUGCAGUCUUACAUGCGCAGGAAGAGGGAUGACAUAGAAGACCUUGCGAACGAGCCUUGUAAGCGGCAAAUGAAACAUUUCAAGAAAAAGUACGGGCCAGAAGGGCACCUCCAUUUCAAUGCACCGCAGUGCACCCCACUCUGGCUGUAUGCUCCAGUGCAGUGCCGUCGCUUCGCGUGUUACUGUGCUCUUGAAGACGGCUCUAUCAUCGAAGGUAUCAAAGUCCCGCGCGUGGAAGUCUCCAAUAUGAAUUGCGAUUGUGCUCGCGAGAGGUGCAGGACGGGAUCAGACAUGGAGUGUGACGGCUUCGGCAACUACAAGGAAGCGGUGUUCACUCCACCCGGACUAGGGAAGGCUCAAUACAAAGUCAAUAAGGGAGACAUAUCCUUCUUGAGUACAACAACGAAGGACUUCGGAGACUUCAGUCCGACUACGCUACCCCCUACUCGCCAUUUGUAA